AUGCUUCGCCGCGCUGUCGACAUGCUCCGCGCCCUUCCCGCGGGGCCGUCACGAGGAUUCGCUUCGUCCGCCCGGGCAUCUGAGGGAUACCCCUUCAACGCUGGUGUCGUUGUCAAGCCGCCGACGCCGAUCCCGACACCGUCUCUGCUCAAGCCGAAGAACGGCUGGAGUGUCGUGGAGCACGUGAACAAGACGCUUCGGGAGCAGUACGACCAGCGCGGCCUGCUGGACCUGUUUGCGCGCCGGGGUCCGCAGCGGCUCAAGACCGGUUCCGUUUUGAGUGUCACGACCUGGACGGGGCCGGAGAAGAAGAACUCGACGCUCUUCUCGGGCGUGCUGAUGGCUGUGCGCCGGCGCGGCGUCGACACGAGCUUCACGCUCCGCAACGUCGUGCAGCAGACUGGCGCCGAGAUGAGCUUCAAGGUCUGCUCGCCUUUGCUCAAGGAGAUCAAGAUCAUCCGCCGUGCCGAGGGCAGGAAGAAGGACACGAUCCGCGACCUCCGUCGCGCACGCGUCAACUACCUCCGCGACAGGCCUGAUAUCAUGCACCAGAUCGCGGCUGCCCUCAAGUCCCAUGCCGCCCAGGAGGGCGGCGGUAAGGCCGCUAAGGGCAAGGGCAAGGGAAGGAAGUAA